GGAAGCCGAGCUGAAAGAAAAGUGAAAGCAAUUGUGAUCUGCUUUUUGUUUUGAUCUAGCAAUCUGAGGACUGCAGUUGGGCGUUUGACAUGGACGAAGAAAGCAGAAUACACACAAGGGAUUUUCUUUUCAGCCUUUAGAAAUAAAACCAGUCCAUUCUACUUGGAUUGGAGAGGAUCUUCCACCUGCUCUCCCCACCCCAUUUUUUUCGGGUGUGUGUGUGUGUUAUUAUUAUUAUUAUUAUUUUGGCCUCUACAGUUCUUGAUCAGCUGCUAAAGAAUCUUUAAAGACUGCUCAAGUCAAGAAAAUAGUACUCAAUCUAGUAAACGUUUCAUGUGGCACUGAGAAACCAAAAGUGCCCAAGGAAUAUUCUGGAUUUCUAAGCCAUUUCUCAAGGCAUGUCAGAACAACAGAAGAUCAGGAAAGGAUUUGAAAUGAAGACCAUAAAGCAGUGGGAGGUAUGCUGUUACCUUCCAGAUGUUGAAGAACUGCUGCCGGCUUCAUUCAUCACCAUUUCCCAACUGCUGAUGGUAACUGGAGUCCAAUAAAAUCUGGAACACUACAGGUUUCACAGCUCUCACUUAAAGGUGAUAUCCAAGCAAGGAUAACAGCUGGAGCAACACUGGGGAAGAAACUAGAUAAGAUGUUCAACUUGUAUGCAGAGGCAGGUAGCCUGUUUCUCUUCCAACAAGACAAUCAUAGAAUGCCUCAAGUAUAUUUGCACUGGAGACUUUCCCCCUGGCACUAAAGGAAACUCAUUUGUCCAUGACCCAAAAGUUGCCAAUGAAACAGAUGUCAGAGCUCAAAUUCGACUUCAGUUUUGUGAUGUCAAUGGAGAACUCGUAGCUGUCCAACGAUCCAUGGUAUGCACUCAGAAGGGAAAGAAGACAGAAUUUAAAACUCUUGAAGGAGUCAUUACCAGAACAAAGCAUGGGGAGAAGGUCAGUCUGAGCUCCAAGUGCGCAGAAAUUGAUCGAGAGAUGAUUAGUGCCCUUGGUGUUUCCAAAUCCGUGAUUAACAAUGUCAUUUUUUGCCAUCAAGAAGACUCCAACUGGCCCUUAAGUGAAGGGAAAGCUCUGAAGCAAAAGUUUGAUGAGAUAUUUUCAGCAACGAGGUACAUUAAGGCUUUGGAAACCCUUCGUCAGGUGCGUCUGAAGCAGAGCCAGCGGGUCAAAGAGUGUCAAGUGGAACUGAAGUAUCUGAAACAAAAUAAAGAAAAAGCCCAUGAGAUUAAAACUCAGCUUACUAACAAGGAAGCUCAGUUGGCUGCCUCCAAGGAGAAUGUCAGAUCUAUUGAGAAUCAGCUUGAACCUCUAAAGAAUCGUCUUUCAGAAAUAGAACAAAAUCUUGUACAGGUCAUGAGACUUGACAAUGAAAUUAAAGCCCUGGAAAGUCGGAAAAAACAGAUGGAAAAGGAUAAUCAAGAUUUGCAGCAAAAGAUGGAGAAGGUUUUUCAAGGAACUGAUGAGCAGCUUAGAGAAAUGUAUCAAAACCAUCAGAAAACGGUGAAAGAAAAGGAGAGGAGUUUGACAGACCGUCAAAGAGAGAUGGAGAGAGCAAGCAAAGAAUGCCAAAGAUACAACAGAGAAAAAUCAGAACUGUUGAUCGAGCAAGGCCGUCUUCAGUUGCAAGCAGACCGUCAUCAGCAGCAUAUUAGAACGAGGGAUUCAUUAAUACAGUCUUUGGCAGCUCAGUUGGAACUGGAGGGAUUUGGAAAAGCACCUUUUAAUGAGAGGCAAAUUAAUAGUUUCCACAGGCUUGUGAAAGAAAGACAGGAUAAAGACAUGGAAGCAGCGAAUCAGUUGAUGGUAAGAAUGUUGUGAUAUGACUUGGUGAAU